ACAUUUUAGAAUGGGGUGCCUUGGGACUAUCCAUAAUUUUAGUGGGUGCCUUGAAAUUGUCCAUAAUUAUAAAGGGUGCCUUGUGAUUGUCCAUCAUUUUAAGGGUGCCUCGGGACUGUUCAUAAUUAUAAAGGGUGCCUUGGGACUGUCCAUAAUUUUAAUGGGUGCCUUGGGACUGUCCAUAAUUUUAAUGGGUGCCUUGGGACUGUCCAUAAUUUUAGAAGGGUGCCUUGGGAUUGUCCAUCAUUUUAAAGGGUGCCUUGGGAUUGUCCAUCAUUUUAAAGGGUGCCUUGGGACUGUCCAUAAUUUUAGAGGGUGC